AUGUUCUGGAAGUUUGAGCUGCACCCGGCCUCUCACCUGGAGGCUCUGCUGGACCAGGAGGAUGUGAGCCUGAGCCAGCUGCUGGAGGAGGACGAUGUGCUGCAGGAGUGCAAGGCCCAGAACAGGAGACUGCUGCUGUUCCUCUGCAAGGACCAGUCCAUGCAGGAGCUGGUGCGGCUGAUCACCACAGAGCCGCCAGCCAGUGAGGAGGAGACCAAACGCUUCAAGUAUUCAAACAUUGCGUGCGAGCUGCUGACCUGUGACGCGGGGCUGAUCAAUGAUAAGCUGGGGAAUGAAGAGGCGCUGCUUGAGAGUCUAUACUCAUUCCUGGAGCAGCCCCCUCCCCUUAACCCCCUCCUUGCCUCCUUCUUCAGCAAGACCAUUGGCAAUCUUAUCGCACGCAAAACCGAACAGGUGAUCCACUUCUUGCGUGGCAAAGAAGGGUUUGUGUCCCUGGUGCUGAAGCACAUAGACACGUCGGCCAUGAUGGACGUGCUGCUCAGACUGAUCAGUUGCGUGGAGCCUCCUGCGCUGCGGCUGCAAACCCUCACUUGGCUGAACGAGGAGAAGCUGGCACAGCGGUUGAUUGAGCUGAUUCACCCGGAGAGAGACGAGGAGAGGCAGUCCAACGCCUCCCAGACUCUGUGCGACAUCAUCCGUCUAAGCAGAGACCAGGCCAAUCAGCUGCAGGAGCUGUCCCAGGCCGACCCGCUGCUCAUCGUGCUAGAGUCACAGAGCUCAGUGGAACAGCUGCUGCAAAACCAGUUUUCCGGAGAGAGGACCGAGAGCUGCAUCGUCAACGGGAUCCAAGUGCUGCUGACCCUGCUGGAGAUAAGGAGGCCAGUGGUGGAUGGGGUCAUGGAUGCCCAGGGCUUUGAGAGGAGUUACCUGGUGAACAGCAGCAUACUGUUGGCCAUUCAGCCACAUCUAAAACAUUUCCAUCAGCUGCUUCUAGAACCACCCAAGAAAAGUGCCAUUGUGAGCAGCCUGGGUUUGCUGGAGCCUCUGGGGAACACUCGGCUGCAUGUGGCCCGCCUGGUGGCCUCUCUGCUCUACACCAGCUCCUCCAGUCACGCUGUGGUGGCCCAGGAGCUGUGCCGCCUCAACACCAUGGACCUGCUCCUGGACCUGUUCUUCAAAUACACAUGGAACAACUUCCUUCACCUUCAGGUGGAGCUGUGUGUGGCCGCCAUUCUGAGGCCCUGUGCUCACGAGAUGAGACUGCAGCCAAUCCAAGACAAGAGCCAACCGAGCGGUGAUGAGGGCCCCCAGGAGCCCACAGCCAGGAGCCCGUUAGAGCAGACUGACACCUCUGCACACAACUUACUCAUGAGCCAUUUGUUCCAGCACUGCCGCCUGGUCCAGCGCAUUCUAGAGGCGUGGGGAGAGAAUGACAGGCUGCAGUCAGAGGGGGGCAUGAGGCGAGGGUACAUGGGCCAUCUGACCAGGAUCGCCAACACUGUGGUGCACAACGUGGAGAAGGGCCCGGUGCACACCCAGAUCAGCCAGCUCAUAGCAGAGCUGCCCGAAGACACAAGGGGGCGCUGGGACACCUUCGUGGAACACACCCUGACUGAGACCAACAGGAAGAACACUAUAGACCUGGUGGGUAGUGUGAACCCGCGGUCAUCUUCAGAGGACGACAUGGAGAGUCCUUACCCCAAAGAACUCACUUUACAACAGUCCUUCUCCGACUACCAGAUCCAGCAGAUGACGGCAGACUUUGUGGACCAGUUUGGCUUCAACGACGAGGAGUUCACUGACCAUGAUGACAACAUUGGGGCUACUUUUGAUCGCAUCGCUGAAAUCAACAUUAACAUUGAUUCAAGUCAUGACAAUAAAAACUCGUCUGUCUUUGAGGCCUGCUCUAAAGACAGAAUACAGCCCUUUGAUGACGACGAAGAAGAUAUUUGGGAGGAGAAGGAAAUCAACUAUGCAACGCAAACCAAAUCCCGGAACAGGUUUGGAGGCUGCCAGUCCACACAGAGUUCAGCAGUGACUGGGCCCACUGCACAGUCCCACAGUCCAGGGAAGAGCUCUGACUCAGAGGAAGAAGGAGGAGAGGGGGUAGGAGGGGAGACCAAGGACCUGGACCCCUUCCUCAGCCACACACACACGAACACCGCCAACAGUGGGUGGGUCGCAGACUUUGAAGAGGUGAACUCCACUGCCCCCAAUGUAGGCGAGGGAGGAGGAGGGGGAGGCUUUGGGGCCUGGGACACUGCAGCCUCAGCAUCCUCUGAAACCAGCAGUGACUCUGAGAAGGGCUGGGCCAACUUCACCGACUUCCAGCCUUUCUGUUGCAGCUCUGAAACAGGCCCAAGGUGCAGCUCUCCAGUGGACUCCAUGAACAGUGGCUCGGACGCUGUCUCAAACCAGAAUCCGUGUGUGUGGAGUGUGUGCGUUCCCAGAAAGGCUCCCUUGGUGGCCUCAGACAGCUCCUCCUCUUGCGGCUCAGAAAGUGAAGACGAGGAGGCCAAAGCUGCCGCAGAGAGGGAGGCCGCGCCCUGCCCCAGUGAGGCGGUGAAACAGGCAGAAGCCCAAAGCGCUGCAGGAGCAGAUGUACCAGUGCCCAGUACAGCACAGUCCCAUGCCUCCCUGGAAACGCAGCCUUCAGCCAACGGCCCGGCUUGA